AUGGCAGGGCUGUGCCUGUUCUGGACACUAGCGGUGCCAAAUUACUUCCAGCUGAGGUGGCAUUUUGUCACUGGCCGCUGGCUGGUGCUGAAGCUCAAGGCGAACAAUUGCACAGUAGAGACUGGAACCCGACACUGGAGGGACUCCUGCGGGAUCAGCAUUGAAGCAACAGAGAGAUACAGGCAACGAGCUACGCUGUCUGCUGAGGAUGCUUCACUGGUACUCCAGGAUGUGAGAACAGAGGAUUCUGGGAUCUACAGCGUCACAGUGCUGGCUUUGGACAUGACCUCGUCAGCUAACAUCAACCUAACUGUGACCAAAGCAGAUCCGAAUAUCCCAGUCUCUUUUGUGAAAGUAGCAGAUGAUGGGGACUAUACAGUGUCCAAUUCCAUCCGGCUGGGUGUGGCUGGAAUGAUCAUCUGUCUCCUUGGACUGAUCAUCGCAGAGCACGUUUUCUUCACUCACUGUAAGCACAAAAAGAUAACAGCUGGAGAUGGAAGAGAGACCAAACAGUGCAGUGCUGGGAUGGAAUCCACCGUUGCCACUGGGCCAGGCUCCACCUACCUGCUCAUGGAGAACCCAAGCUCAGAUGAGUUGUGUUGUAGCAUUAACUGCUGAUCACUUUUCUUUACCUCUGGCUUUUUCAGGCCGUUGGACUGUUUAGAUGACUAUGUGUGUGUAACGCGCUGUCAAGUUGC